GAAGAAGUCCAUGUUAGUGUUUGUGUUGCAGUGAGAGCAGAGUUUGGUGAACACACCUUCUAAUAAGAGCAGAAAAGCGUCAGUAUUAGUUUAGUGUGAGCUGUGUGGAACAUGUGCAGCCUUCAGAGUGUGAAGCUUUUCGUCCAGCAGCGGCUAACUGCGGCUGUGGAGGAGAUAUUUGGACAUUUAGAGAAAACAAUAACCGAGUAUGAAGAGGAGAUCCACCGCAGACACCGCAGGCUGCUGGACGAGCUUUUAAAAGCUGAAACUAAGCAGCGAAAAGCAGAUGUCCAGCAGAAUAAAGAAGAGAUUCCCUCUCAGCAGCAGCAGUGGAGCUCCAGUCUGGACCAGCAGGACUCACAGCUCCCACAUAUUAAAGAGGAGCAGGAGGAAGUCUGGACCAGUCAGGAAGGAAAGCAGCUUCAGAGACUGGUUGGUGUUGAUAUCCCAUCCUCUCCUGUAUCUGUGAAGAAGAGUGAAGAUGAUGAAGAAUCCUCACAGCUUCAUCAAAGCCAAACUGAGGAGUACAGAGACUUUGUGGGAGGAUCAGAGCUAGCCAGCAACGUAUAUCCAGAUAGUUAUUUACAACCAGUUAGUAAUGAGAAGGCUUCAGACGCUUCAGAGCCAGAGACUGAACACAGUGAAGAUGACUGUAAGGACACUAGUGAACCUCAAUCAGGUUUAAACUCUCUGACAGCUGCUGAAGGUCCUGUGAGUAGUGUAAUGUGUAAUGCAGUUAAAAAGUCAUUUAUCUGCUGUGAGUGUGGUAGAAAGUUUGGUCGUAAGGACAGUCUGCGGAGACACAUGCGCUACCACACAGGAGAGAAACCGUACAGCUGCUCAGUUUGUGGUAAAAGAUUUUCUCAGAGGCCGAACUUGAUUCGUCACAUGAGAUGUCACUCAGGAGAAAAACCCUUCAGCUGCUCAUUCUGUGACACGAGCUUUGCCGUGCGCAGUGCGUUGGUAAAUCACAUGAGGAUCCACACUGGUGAGAAACCCUUCAGCUGCUUGUACUGUGAGAAAAGUUUUACACAAAAAGGAGGUCUAAAAAAACACAUGACGGUCCACACAGGAGAGAAACCGUACAGCUGCCCAGUUUGUGAUAAAAGCUUCUCACAGAAGGCUAAUCUGACGUACCACUUCUCCGUGCACACCGGACAGAAACAGUUCAGCUGCAGUGUUUGUGACAAAAGGUUCACAUGGCAGUCGCAGGUCAAAAGCCACAAGUGUGUCGGUGAGAGCAGCAGCAGUAACUGAACCUUCAACAAGUCUGAGAGACCCUGCUGUGAAGGAGACUUCUUCAUUCCCAUCUCAGUCACCAGUUAGCUUAGGUGGGAGUACUCCAUACCUUUA